AUUUCGAGAAGAACUGGUUGGGAGAAAUAAAAUAAAUUUUGUUCACCAAAACGAAAAUAAGAUGAGUCUCCAGUGGACAUUCAUAGCCACAUUUCUCUACAUAGAGAUAGCCAUUGUACUGCUUCUCUUGUUACCUUUCAUCUCAGCCGCAACAUGGCAAAAAUUGUUCAAGUCGCGGAUAUUUGCUGCUGUGACGACCUACGCCAACUGGUAUUUCAACAUCUUCAUAGUUGUGCUUCUCAUCCUCUUUGCAGAUGCCGUAAGAGACAUUAGACGCUUUGACUCCACCUUAGAAGAGAAAAUAGACCUUAAAAAUAAUCCCCAAGCUGAAACUAUGCUCCAAAUGAGAAUGUUUAGAGCCCAGCGUAAUCUUUAUAUCGUUGGUUUUGCACUUCUUCUUUUUGUAGUCCUCCGUCGUUUAGUAACAUUAAUCUCCCAGCAGGCCUCACUGGCCGCAUCAGAGGAAGCUGCUAUCAAACAGGCAAAGAGUGCAUCUGAUGCUGCCCAGAAGCUCAUGGAGGAAAAUGCCCAGAAAAAGAAGGAAACUGGUGAUAAUGAAAAGAAUGAGUCAAGACCUGAUGACAAGUUGAUCAAGGAGUUGGAGGUCACUAAGAAAGACUUGGAGGAUGUCAAAGAAGAACUACACAGGGCAAACUUGGACCUUGCCACAAUGAAGAAACAAGCUGAAUCCACCAAUGAAGAGUAUGACAGACUCCUGAAAGAACUAACAGCGGUCCAGAGCCAGGUUGCUUCAGGUGACAAAAAAGAUGAUUAGAGACACCUAUAGGCUAGAGUAUUAUCAGAACUAUUAAAAACUUUUAGGAUGACUAUUCUGCUUUCAUCCAACAUUAAGACAUAGUCAUUUUUGAUCAUUAAGAUCUCAAAGUUCAUCAAGAAAAGACCAUGAAGAAAUUCCAGAAGAUAACUGUCGUAUAAGUUAUCCUUAGAAUCCCAACGUAUGACACCGAGAACCCUCAACACACUCAUGUUCUACUGGAUUUUAUGAGAUGACAGAAGCGAACUCAUUACAAUGCAAAAAAUGAUGUAAUAGACAUAUGUAAUUUUGAACAGAUGAAACUCACUAUUCAUUUUCUAAGUUUUUUUUAUCAAAAGGAUUGUCUCCUUUCCAUAACUACGGAGUUUUUCUUUCAUAAGUGUUAUGGAAACGGAUAUAGAAAUGACAUGAAUGUUCUGUAGAUGCAUACUUAUGCAUGGAGGUAAAAUUAUGGAUACAAAAUAUGAUUACUUGUGAUUUUGAAUCUUAAUAUAAUAUACUAUGAGCAGUCCUUUUUCUCCUGAAUAUAGCCUAAUAUAUGUAAAUACUUGAACAAUUGAUUACAGCAUUUUCAAAUCAACAUAUUGAUGUGCACUGUUGUAGGAAGAUGGAUAUGGUAAAGGGAAAUUUUAAUGUACAAAAUGUAGCUUUAAAAAUAAUGUUAAUUUGUAUAAUACAAGUAAAUGUUUGUUAAUGCCUAUAUGAGCUUGGCAAUCUGUGAGAUGAAGGAAUUAGGAUAAUUAAUAAUAAUCAAAGCUCAUAUAAGAUUUAUUACAUGACAAAAAAUCAGUAAUCUUUAAAUGUAGCAUAAAAAUUUGAAAUCAUCCAGAAUAAUGAGAUG